CAGUGUCCAUCUGGAUGCACUACACCGAGCUACCCUGUGAUGGGGACAGCUGUUUACACAUUGGAUUCCUCCAUCUGUUCUGCAGCCAUCCAUUCUGGGGUCAUUCCUAAUUCAGGUGGAUCUGUGACAGUGGAGAAAUGGCCUGGACAGAGCAGUUACCAAGGGUUAUCACUAAAUGGCAUUACCUCUACAAGCUAUGGACCAUAUUCUGAAUCCUUCGUAUUCCGAGUUCCUGCAUUUAAAAUUCUGUGUGGUGAGCAAUCCAGAAAUCUGAAAUCUGACAGGACAUUAGUACGUUGUCCUGCUGACUGUAAUAAACAAAGCGACUCUGUCUGGGGAACGAGCAUCUACACAGAUGACUCCUCGAUUUGUCGGGCUGGCAUACAUGACAGAAAAAUCCCCAGUUCUGGUGGGUUGUUAACAGUGGAGAAAAGACCAGGACAAAACAGCUAUGUGGGAUCCACCCAAAAUGGAAUAACUACAAGCAAUUAUGGGUCCUGGUCUGGAUCAUUUGUGCUUAUACAGACUCUAGCUGAGGUUGCAGAAUCCAUUGACUGUUCAAGCAGAGGUAAUGCAUUUGGAGAAGACAAUAUAAUCGUUCAGUGUCCUGAUGGUUGUGCAACAUCAAGCUACUCUCUGUGGGGAACAAUGAUUUACACUGUGGAUUCCUAUAUUUGUGCUGCGGCCAUCCAUGCUGGGGUUAUCUCCAAUGCUGGUGGAAUUGUGACAGUUGAAAAACGACCUGGGAGGGCAAGUUACCAGGGCACAUCCCAAAAUGGCAUAACCUCUUCAAACUAUGGCUCCUACCCAGGGUCAUUCACUUUCAGAGGACUACUCCCCAGCAGCCCAGAAAUGAUUCAGUGUUCCACCAGAGCUAAUGGAUUCAAAGAAGAAAAUGUGACAGUCCAGUGUCCUGCCGGCUGUACGGAGCAGAGCUCUUCCUUGUGGGGAACUACUGUUUACACAGAGGAUUCCAUGAUCUGUGCCGCGGCCAUCCAUGCUGGCGUGAUUUCUAACUCAGGAGGAGUGGUGACAGUUGAAAAGCUGCCUGGGCAGAACAGCUAUCAGAGCUCAUCACAAAAUGGCAUAACAUCAUCAAGCUAUGGUUCCUAUGGAAAAUCCUUCACCUUCCAUGGUCUGAGUCCCAUGCCACAAACCCUUCAGUGUACCGAUGAUGCUAGAAUUCUGAAAGGCAAUGUGGUUCAAGUGUUUUGCCCAGAGAACUGUGAUGCUGAAAAUCAUCGUGUUUGGGGAACUGGUACCUACACUGCUGACUCUUAUGUUUGCCAAGCUGCCAUUCAUGACGGGAAGCUGUCCAGUAUGGGUGGAUUAGUAACUGUGGAGAAAAAACCAGGGCAAAGCCAAUAUGUGGGAUCUAGCAGAAAUGAUGUAACUACCCACAGUUAUGGGGCUUUUUCCGAGUCUUUUAUACUUACACAGGCACCUGACGAGUUCCUUGGUUAGCAUGGGUCAUCACUGUUUCUUGGACGCAGGCUACAGAUGCAAAAGGAAAACUUUUUUGGAGGACUGGUGAGCAAAGAGUUGGAAUAAAUAAAGGUUCAGAGAGCUUUUUAGGCGUGUUCAAAUCAGACAAAUUUGCUAAUUCUACUGCAUAAGAAUUCAAAAGAUACUUUUAAAAGGACAGCUCCAAAAUGCUCUAACAAACUCAUCAACUAUGUGUGACUCAAUAAAAUGUCAACACACAGAAAAAGAGCAAAUAAAUAUUUUUUCUGACUGUUUCACUAUUUUUUUUUUUGGAAGUCAUUCUUCUUGAGGUUUAAAUGGGCACCACCAGUAUGCUGUGCAUUUGUUUUUGGGGAUGUACCAGGAGUGUCUGCCUAAUUAGGAAACUAGAUGAAAGUGUUGGGUUUCAACCAUAUGCCAACGGAAUUUAUGGGAAUCAAACUUGUGUCUUCAUGACAUAGCAACUUCACAUCUUCCUGUCUUAUGUAUUGAAUUGUGCUGUUUGGAAUUUUCAGGUUGCUGACAUGCCAUAUUAGUGAAAUAUGUACCUGCUAUUUCAUUUGUUUAAAUGUAUCUACAGUACAUUACAAAUCCAUUCCUCAGGACCUGCUCUGCUUACCUGGUUCAAUGAUGCACUGAUACUAUGUAGCUGUACUUUGCAAUUUUUUUUCUUCAGCUUUAACUGAAUGUUUGAGACAGAAUGUAAAACCAUGUCAUAUUAAAACAAAAGUCAAGCACUUUCAUAACAUUUUUUUUCAUUUCUUCUAAUUUGAUGUUUAUUUGUAUUUUCCUGUUAGAUAACACUUUAGGCACACUUAAUAAAAGAAGUACAUGCUGUUCA